GUGAAUUUGAAUCCAGAACAGAGAGCAGAGUUUAAUAGGUUGAUCGUCAGAUUCAAUACGACGCUACCACGUCCAGACCAUCCCGAAUGGUACAUCGGGCCCGAUCACUGGGGUGAGAAGCAGAUGGAGAGGCGAUUUCUGAAGACCAACGGCAAGGUCAUCCACGAUUGCCUCAUCGCGCAUCCAGUGUCGCAAGUUUCUCCGGAGGGAAAACGGUAUCAAGAAAUAGCAUCCAAUUGGGGUCCGCUUGGUGUUCAGUUAUUACGCGUAGCCGCUCACUACAAGCAGAAAACACGGAACUUCACGAAAGGAAGAUAUGUCCAGGCGAAGUACUAUAGAUUCUAUCUGAGUUUUAUGAUCUUUGUCGUGUAAAAAUAAAUACGUAUCUUAGUUUCGUUUAGAUGAUUGUAGAAGCAUGCGAUGCUUAGGAGUCGGAGCAGCUGGUAAGAGACCGAGAAGUCGUUGCCUUGGAAAAGCUGUUGUGUCAUGGCUGCUUCUGACACGGUCCGGGCCGCCGGUUUGGACCUAAAUAUGUCUUUCAACGUAGUGACGCGCGACAUUUUUUGGGCUAGCCAUAGGGGCAUGCCCAUUGCGCGCGCAACGGGCAGCGGGAAACUGGGACUGGUUACUACAUCUGCGUCUCCUGUGCUUCUAGCCGUGGUUGAGUCGUGGCUUAGUGACUGCGAGCUUCAAGCGCGGAAGCAGCUGCAGGGCAGCAAAUUGGCCACCGUUUUUGGCCAAGAUGUCCCCAGCGUCUCUCGAAUCUAUGGUCGCAAAUGGGUAAGUCAAAAGUCAGCCACGGCUGGACUCGCAGGUUCUUCAUUUCCGUCAUGGACAUGAAGAGCCGUUUUGUAGUCGAGUUUGAAUGAAAGUAGCUUCUUUGGAUGCAGUUACCUCAUAGAGCAUUAAGGAUGCUAAUUCAGAGUCGUUAAUAGUAGAAAUGCAGUCGGGUGGAGCAGCAGUGAAAUUGCAGUGCUUGCAUUAGUUACCAAUAUCACGUAAUACAUACCUUUCGAUCUAUCAGGCUUCUGCUGGAGCUGUGGGUUGCUCGAGUCCGAUUCAUUCUAGCGCGGUGGCACUCCCAUAAGAUCGAGCUGAUGGAAGCUACGAAGAGAUGCAUUAUUACGGAAUUUUCCAAAUGGAUCGAGCCAAUCAAAUCUGUCUGCGAGCGAUUAUGUACGACUGAAGGCGAGCAAAAGUUUUUGCACAGCGUCGACAAUUUGAGCAACUUCGAUCUCUUGUACUUGCGACCGAAGAUAAUGUUUCAGCUUUCAGACGGUAGACCAGACACUUCGGCAUCGGCGCAAUUGAUCCCUGAUGAUUUACCUGCGAGUGACUGGGAUUGGGAAGAAGAGAAGACGCGAAGGAAAAACGCAGCUCCGAAGAAGAUGAAUCAGAAGAAGCCUGCUGCUAAGAAGCAAACGGCCAAGGCAAAGGCACAGUCGAAAUCCAAGAGUCAAGUGGGCGCUAGUAGUGAUUCUGCAUUGGCGGUCGGAGCACAGGGAGCAGUUGGCCUUACUGUUGAUGCGGACGACGAUGAGGAUGAUUCAUCAGCUGCGCUCGAUGCUUUUUUCUAUGCGGGUCACGACGAGAAGAGCGACGAUUAAUCCGGUGUGCCGAAAGGGUUGAUGGAUGCAAGCGCAAGAUCAUUCAAGAUCAACAGAUAGACUUUCAAGGUUGCUAUAUUAGGGAAUAGAAAUAGAAGCAAAAGAAACACUUUUUUUUUCGUGUUGUUAUGAUUGACGUCUCAAACUCUUAAUGGAGUCAGAAUCUGUAGUGGUUGUAGAUUAAAUGUUUAGAAUUGAUUGUACACAUCUCGAACCCAUCGUGCUGCGAUUAAUUUCAUUCAGACAUGACCAGGCUACGAUAGGCGCAGCUCGUAUCUUCCUUUCUUGUAGACCAUGGCUUCGUGUGCUAAGAUAUACUUUGUUUUUUCGUUGAAUGGGCUACCAUUUCCACCAAGAGCUACGACCGCUAGUUUGUUAUUCUCGAUUUGCAGACCGCAGGUGACUCUUUGAAUCAGUUAGAUGCAUGUAUCCUACAGAAUUUGCCCAUGCAUGUCCCCUACAGAUCCUGCAAAGCAGAGACCCUCUUUCAGACACCCAUAGAAUUCCUUUUAUCUUCCCUAACUACCGAG